AUGGGUUUGGAAGGUGCUGCCUUAGUGCCAGGGGCAGAGGUGAUCACUGCAGAGCCGGCCGGAAAUCGGAGAGGGAGCCUCCAAGCGGAGGUGCCCUCUCUGGAGGCAAUAGCUGCCUCACCAUUUCACCUCGUAGCGGGAGCUGACGGCAUAGUGGUGACAUCACUGGACUGGCCUAUUGGCUGCCAGCUGGAGAUCCAGCAAGAGCUCCACCCUCCUUCUUUUCGGGAGAGCCACCAGCCAAUCGGGCAGUGGCGAGGUCAGAAGUGGGCAUUCCCCUGGGGUCAAGGACCAGGCCUCGGGAUGAAGAUUAUCGCUUUGAUUGUGUUGGCAGCUUGCUCUAGUGUGGGGACCCUGGCAUGUGGCAAUGUGGCUCGCAGGGGGAAUGCAACUCAGUCCAGCACCAACUGGGGCGGGGAUGCAAACAAAGCAAUUGACGGGAACCGAAAUGCUUUUUACAAGAACUGGUCGUGUACUCACACCAACACUGACCGCAGAGCCUGGUGGAGCCUCGAUCUGUUCGCUGAGGAGAAGGUCUUGUCAAUAAAGGUCACCAACAGGCAGGAUUGUUGCUGGGAACGUUUAAAGGGUGCAGUGGUCCGUGUGGGCACUUCCUUCCACAACCACGGCAACGACAACCCAAUAUGUGGGACCAUUCAAUCCCUGGGUGCUGGAGAAACAGGAGUCUUAAACUGUCAUGGAAUGAUGGGUCGAUUCAUUAACAUCGCCCUGAAGGAACGUGGAAUCCUGACUAUCUGCGAGUGUGAGGUUUAUGUGAAAACCUGAGACUCUGUAACCUUCAGCAUCCAAUA